GAAUUCUGUGUUAUAUAACUGCAGUAUAUAUUGAAUUGAAAUUGAUUUGAUAUUAUAGUUGAUAAAAUGUUAUUGAAAUACAGUGUAAUCGUAGCGAUAUUUUUAUGCCAACAAUUUCCAUACAAUUGGGCGCAAUUCAAAAGGGCGUCCCGGGAGUGGAAGUUUGAUAACUGCAGUCUCACUAACGGCGAUGAAUGCGCUCAACGGCUAUACCUGUUUGGGUACCGAAACAUUAACGCUAAGACUUCGGUCAGAAAUUUGCCCGAAAUGAAAGAAUAUUGUCAGGAGACCCGACAGGCGGAGAAAUGUGUGAAACAGUGGUCACAGAAAUGUCUGAAAUCAUUUGAGAAACAGUGCCUCAAUUUAUUGGUUUCGGGCGCAACACAGAGCAGGAAAUCUCUUUGCACUUUCAAAGGGCAACAGACAGUGAACACUCAACACGACUGUAUGGAUCAAUUCAAACAAGAUAUGAACCAAAUACUAGUCGUCGACGAAAGUAAUCUUAGACUUAAGCUCCGGUGCGGCUGUUGG